AUGGGCCACAAACGAAAAGCCUCGGAUUCUCUCUCACCGCACCAAUCGCACCCCAUCACCAACCAUACUCCCCCAGCAGGAUGGAACUCUCCAGCAUCCUACUUCUCCAACAACCUAAACUCUUCACGUACACGUAAGCGCCUAAGGGACGGCCGACCCGACGAGGAAACAAUCCACCAGAACACCCUCUCCAAACUGUACGCGGCGCAGCAACAACGAAAUGAGCAAUCGGAUGCGCAUCAAGACCACAGCAUCCCCUUCACUCCCUCACCUACACCCUCUCGCACCCUCCCACGCACCGAAUCAACAACAUCCGCAACCAACACCAUUCCACAUCACAGGGAAAAAGCCCAAGCCUCACUGUACGCCUUCUUUGGCGGCGGCCACAACCAAUCUGUUCCACAGAUCCCAGGCCCCGACCCACAAUCCAGCCACGCGACUACGCUUCCAUCCGUGGCGACCGCCACUCCCCAGUGCGAGGAUUGCUCUGCGCCUCUUUUCCCACUCUCCGCUUACCCUAACGACGUGACGACGGUGGCAGGAGACACGGAGAUGAUGGACAUCGACGCCACCGCUGUGGGCUACGGCAUUUCUAGUUCCAGUGAUGAGGGAAUCGCGUAUUCGUGUGUCAACUGCGGUAAAAGAGUCUGUGAUACAUGUGCGGUCAGGGGUGAUUGGCGGGUGUGUUUAGAGUGUGCAAAUCCCGGGAAUGGGAGCAGAUUCAGCCAAGGGUACGGAUCGGGAUAUGGGUACAGUAGCGGCAGUGGAGGGAGCUGUGGUGCAGAAGCUGGAAAUAUGUCCGCCCAGGGAGCUGGAGCUUCGAGGAUGGGAGAUAAGAGGUGGGUGGGCGGUAUUGGAUGGCUCUGA